GGGCGGGCCAGGUGCGUGUUCGAAGCGGAGGCGCGGGCUGCGGAAAGAUGGCGGCUCGGCCGCGGCGGCAUCGUUCGCGAUGUGCACAGCUUCCGGGGGGUGAUUUUUGUGAUGCCGCUAAGAAAACAACUGACAAACACUCUUGUACGACUUCUAUGGAAUGGGACACGCAGGUAGUGAACGGGUCCUCGCCGCUUGGCCCCGCAAACCUGGGGGCAGAGGAGCUGCCAUCUGGCCCGCGGCUGCCGUCGUGGCUGCAGCCUGAGAGGUGCGCGGUGUUCCAGUGCGCGCAGUGCUACGCCGUGCUCGCUGACUCUGUGCACCUCGCCUGGGACCUGUCGCGGUCCCUCGGAGCCGUGGUCUUCUCCAGAGUCACAAAUAACGUGGUUUUGGAAGCUCCCUUCCUAUUUGGAAUUGAUGGUUCGCUCAAAGGCAGCACUUACAACCUUUUAUUCUGUACUUCCUGUGGGAUUCCCAUUGGUUUCCAUUUGUAUUCUACCCAUGCUGCUCUGGCUGCCUUGAGAGGUCACUUUUGCCUUUCCAGUAACAAAAUGGUAUGCUAUCAGUUAAAAACAAAAGCCAUCGUAAAUGCAUCUGAGAUGGACAUUCACAACUUAUCUCUACCAGAAAAAGUUGCAGAGCUGAAAGAGAAGAUAAUGUUAGCACAUACUCAAUUAUAUUCACUGAUGAAGAUUCUGAAGGAAGUAACUCCGGACCAGCCCAAGUCAGAAAACUGAUCCAGAAUUAAAGCUUAAGUAUCAGGUUCAGGCCUUUUUACUAUCU